AUGUCUAAUAACAACAUCAAUAAUCGUGGUGGCCGCGGUGGUUACAAGAACUACAAUAAUGCUGGUGGCCGCGGUGGUUACCAACAAUAUAAUGCUGGUGAUCAAUUACAACAACAACAACAACAACAACAACAACAAGGCUAUCAAGCUUAUCAACAAUACAAUGCCCAAUCACAACAACAAGGAUACCAAGCCUAUCAACAGUAUACUGCUCAACCACAGCAACAAGGAUACCAGGCAUAUCAGCAGUACACUGCUCAACCACAACAACAAGGAUAUCAAGCUCAUCAGCAAUACAAUAUGGGUGUCCCACAGCAACAAGCUUACCAAGGAUACCAACAGUACAAUGCUCAACCACAACAAGCUGUAUCUUUAAAUGAUUACAAUAGCAAGCAAAAUGUCCCAGUUGCUGCCAAGCCCAAGAGGACCUUAAAAUUAGUCCCAAGUGCAGGCGUCAAAGUAGUUGGUGCCAAAUCUGCUGUAAAGAAAGACGAAAAGGCACCCUCUAAGAAGGAAGGAGAGCCUGUUAAGGAAGAGAAAAAAGAGCAACAGCAACAAUCCGGUGAAAAAGAAGUUGCAGCUGCAACUAGCACCAAUACCGAUAAACCAACAGAAACAAAAAAAGAUGCCUUGCCAGACAUUGAAAAACUAUCUGUUAAAGACCAAAAUGAAACCGAGACAGCUAAGGGUGUUAGUUCUGCAGAUGCUUUGAUUAAAGAGCAAGAAGAUGAAGUCGACGAGGAAGUUGUUAAUGAUAUGUUUGGUGGCAAGGACCACAUGUCUUUAUUAUUUAUGGGUCAUGUUGAUGCAGGUAAAUCCACUAUGGGCGGUAAUUUGUUAUACUUAACAGGUUCCGUUGAUAAGAGAACCAUUGAAAAAUACGAAAGGGAGGCCAAGGAUGCAGGUAGACAGGGUUGGUACUUAUCCUGGGUUAUGGAUACCAAUAAAGAAGAGAGAAGUGAUGGUAAAACCAUUGAAGUUGGUAGGGCUUAUUUUGAAACCGAAAAAAGGCGUUACACUAUUUUGGAUGCCCCAGGUCAUAAAAUGUAUGUUUCUGAAAUGAUUGGUGGUGCUUCCCAAGCAGAUGUAGGUGUUUUAGUUAUUUCUGCAAGAAAGGGUGAAUAUGAAACAGGGUUUGAAAAAGGUGGCCAAACAAGAGAACAUGCUUUGUUGGCUAAAACCCAAGGUGUUAAUAAAUUAAUUGUUGUUAUUAACAAGAUGGAUGACCCAACGGUCGACUGGUCUAAAGAGCGUUAUGAUCAAUGUGUAAAGAAUUUAACCAAUUUUUUAAAGGCCAUUGGGUACAAUGUCAAGCAAGACGUCGUUUUUAUGCCUGUUUCCGGUUUCACAGGUGCUGGUUUGAAGGACCGCGUAGAUCCAAAGGUUUGUCCAUGGUACACUGGUCCUUCCUUGCUGGAAUUUUUAGAUAAUAUGAAACACUUGGACCGUCACAUCAAUGCUCCAUUCAUGUUACCAAUUGCUUCAAAAAUGAAAGACUUGGGUACCGUUGUUGAAGGUAAAAUUGAAUCUGGUCACAUUAAAAAGGGCAACUCUACUUUAUUGAUGCCUAACAAGAUUCCAGUUGAAAUUUUAAACAUUUUCAAUGAAACCGAAGAAGAAGUCGAUUUGGCUUUGUGUGGUGAACAAGUCAGACUAAGGUUAAAAGGUGUUGAAGAGGACGAUAUCCAACCAGGAUUUGUUUUGACAUCUCCAAAGAACCCUAUCAGAGUUGUUACCAAAUUUGUUGCCACAAUUGCAAUUGUUGAAUUGAAAUCUAUCAUGUCUAGUGGAUUCUCUUGUAUUAUGCAUGUCCAUACAGCUAUUGAAGAAGUCAAAAUAACCAAGUUAUUGCACAAGGUUGAAAAGGGCAGCAACAGACUUUCUAAGAAACCACCUGCCUUUGCUAAAAAGGGUAUGAAGGUUAUUUGUGUUAUAGAGUGUGAAACUCCAGUUUGUGUUGAAACCUACCAGGAUUACCAACAGUUGGGUAGAUUUACUUUAAGAGAUCAAGGUAGUACUAUUGCUAUUGGUAAAAUUAUUAAAAUUUUAGAUUGA